UGCUGCUGCGCGCGCUCACGCCUGCCGAACGCCCGUACUCACGCGAGCGGAGAAAUCAAAACACUCCAACCGUCGACACUGAAAAGAACUGAAAAAGAAGCCAGCACGGCUCAACGGAAGAGUAUUUAGCUCCGAGCCUUCAGCUUUUCUGUCUCUGCAGUGCGAUAAAAGAAGCAGGGUCUAACAGCAGUUUUCGGGUUAAAUAUGUUAGAGAUUCCGCGGGGAAUGAUACUGUUUCACGGAGCGUUAUACAUUUUUUUUCUCUAGAAGUUUGUAAAACAAGUUAGGGCGAAGGAUUGGAUGCUGUUUGUGGAUCGUUGCAGAGUUCAGAGGACGCUGUUUCGAUCUGGUGCGCGAGCGGUUGAGAGGAGAUAUCUCAAGAAGACUACAAAAUAUGGAUUUAUCGUUUACCUGAACCAUUAAUCUUUGAAAAAUCGUCCGACAUUCGUGUGUAGCAGCUGGUUUGCAGACAUUUUUUGUAAAGGAAAUAUUGUUUUUAGUCCUGAGAGACACAUUUUUGCUGUAUGACAGGACGCGUUUGCACAGAGCCUUGAGAGAUGAAGAAGAGGAAACUCAACUGAUUAUCCGAGGGGAAAACGCAUCUAAAUGUUAGUGUAGGUGCUUGCUGUAGCCUACUUAAAAGCGAAAUUGCUUUGAUGUGUCCUUUAAUUUAGCGUCAAAAUAAGAUACAUUUGUCACACAGACUCACGCUCAAAACGUAGAUAUGUGGGUUAUACAGAGCUGGUAGAGGCAGCUCAUCCGAAACCUGCUGGAUUUAAGCUGAAAAAAAAAAAAAAAAGUUUUUAGGUGUAUGCUAUAUUAUCGGGGGAAAUAUUUUCUGAAAAAAAAGAGAAGAACUGUCAUUAAACUCGACUGACAAUUAACAUCCUCAUCUUGACACGUCUGUCAUUUACGAGUGGCAGUCGGCCUGAUUUCCCGUUAGUUUACCAUUAUUCGGUUUCAUCUCUGUCAAUAUGGAGGAGUGGAGGCAGUGCGGGCGCUGGUUGAUAGACUGCAAGGUGUUGCCCCCGAACCACCGGGUCGUUUGGCCCUCAGCGAUGGUGUUCGACCUGGCCCAGGCGCUCAGAGAUGGGGUGCUGCUAUGCCAGAUGCUGCACAAUCUGUCCCCUGGAUCCGUGGACCUAAAGCAGAUCAACUUCAGGCCUCAGAUGUCACAGUUUCUGUGCCUGAAGAACAUCCGAACAUUCCUGAAAGUGUGCCACGAUAAGUUUGGCUUGAGGAACAGUGAGCUGUUUGAUCCCUUUGACCUAUUUGACGUGAGAGACUUUGGGAAGGUGAUCUCGGCGCUGUCCAGAAUCUCGCACAACAGCAUUGCACAGAUCAAAGGCAUCAGGCCCUUUCCAUCAGAGGACACAGCACUGAAUGAAGAUGAUGUGUAUCGGAGUUUGGAGGAGUUGGCAGAUGAGCAUGACGUGGGAGAGGAUGACAUAUAUGACUGCGUUCCCUGCGAUGAUGAUGGGGACGACAUCUACGAGGACAUCAUCAAGGUGGAGGUUAGACAGCCCAUGAAAAUGGGCAUGACGGAAGAUGACAAGAGAAACUGCUGCUUGGUGGAGAUUCAGGAGACAGAGGCAAAGUACUAUAAGACACUGGAGGACAUUGAGAAGAAUUAUAUGAUCCCCCUGAAGCAAGUAUUAACACCACAGGAGAUGGAGACCAUAUUUUUGAAUUUAGAGGACAUCAUCAAGGUCCACCUUGCACUGCUGAGGGCCAUUGACUUGACCAUGGUGAGCGGGGGAAAUGGCCUGGGAAAGAUCUUUCUGGACUUCAAGGAGAGACUGCUGAUUUAUGGCCAGUACUGUAGUCAUAUGGAGAAUGCUCAGAAGACACUGGAUGAACUGAUCGCCACACGGGAAGAUGUCAAGUGUAAAGUUGAGGAGUGUACUAUGAAGGUCCAAGAGGGCAAGUUCAAACUGCAGGAUCUCCUGGUGGUCCCCAUGCAGAGGGUCCUCAAAUACCACCUUCUGCUCAAGGAGUUAGUGAGUCACUCAAUGGAUCGGCCAGAGAGACAGCAGCUUAAGGAGGCAUUAGAGGCCAUGCAGGACCUGGCCAUGUACAUCAACGAAGUGAAAAGAGACAACGAAACCCUAAAGAAAAUAAGUGAAUUUCAGAACUCAAUAGAAAAUCUGCAGGUGAAGUUGGAAGAGUAUGGAAGGCCAAAGAUAGACGGAGAGCUGAAAGUGUGUUCUAUAGUAAACCGAACCAAACAAGACAGAUACAUUUUCCUGUUUGAUAAAGUGGUAAUUGUAUGCAAGAGGAAAGGCUAUAAUUAUGAGUUGAAGGAGAUCAUUGAACUUCACUUGUACAAGAUGUCUGAUGACCCCAUGAAUAACCGUGACAUGAAGAAGUCGAGUGGAAAAAUGUGGUCGUAUGGCUUCUACCUGAUCCAUCUGCAGGGAAAACAGGGCUUCCAGUUCUUCUGCAAGACAGAAGACACCAAGCGCAAAUGGAUGGAGCAGUUUGAUAUGGCCAUGUCAAAUAUCAAACCCGAAAGAGCCACUGCCAACCAGCACAACUUCCAAAUGCACACAUUUGAAAAGAACACAAACUGCAGAGUCUGCAAAAUGCUGCUACGGGGUGUUUUCUACCAGGGUUACUACUGUUCACGCUGUGGGACAGGUGCCCAUAAGGAAUGUCUGGAGGUUAUCACCAUCUGCAAAAUAAGUGAGUCUCACACUGAGAGCUGCUCCUUGAAAGUGCCAGGUCCAAAAAUGGUGGCGAUCAGAAAUUACCAUGGUACCCCUGCCCCGCCAUGCAAGAUGCCACUCUGCUUUCAGACAGGAGAAGUCAUCGAACUCCUAAAGGGUGAUCCAGACACAUCGUGGUGGGAGGGCAAGCUCAUUCAAACAUUAAAAACUGGCUUCUUCCCAAGUUCCAGUGUGAAACCAUGCCUAGACCCUAAGCCUUUCCAGUCAUUUUCCAGCCGUCAGUCCUCCAGAGAGACGGAUUACUACGUUUAUCCCUGGUUUGCAGGAAACAUGGAGCGGCAACAAGCCGACAACCUGCUCAAGUCACACAGUAGUGGCACCUACCUGAUUCGAGAGAGGACGGCAGAGGCAGAGAGGUUCGCCAUCAGUAUCAAGUUUAAUGAUGAAGUGAAGCACAUUAAAGUUAUCGAGAAGGACAACUGGAUUCACAUCACAGAGGCAAAAAAGUUUGAAAGCCUCCUGGAGCUUGUGGAGUAUUAUCAGUCUCACUCACUGAAAGAGAGCUUUAAACUGUUGGACACAACAUUACGGUACCCUUACAAGUCCCGAGAGCGUUCAAGCUCUCGCACCAAUACUCGCUCACCAGCCUCCUGUGCUUCCUACAACUUCUCCUUCCUAAGUCCUCAGGGUCUCAACUUCUCUCAAAGCUCUGCUCCCUUCUGGUCAGUGUUCACACCCAGGGUGGUCAGUACGGCUGUGGCACGAUACAACUUUGCUGCUCGAGACAUGAGAGAGCUGUCUCUGCGAGAGGGGGACAUUGUCAAGAUCUACAGUAAGAUCGGUGGAGACCAAGGCUGGUGGAAAGGAGAGGCCAACGGCAGAAUUGGAUGGUUUCCCUCCACGUAUGUCAAUGAGGAGGGUGUACAGUGAAGAUCUGGGGUUACACAUAUCAUCCAAUUAGAUUCCAUUCUGAUCCACAGGCCUCUGAGUGGACUCUGUGGUUUCCAUGGAAACACCUCAUGGAACAAUCUUUUGCUGGAAACUUAUUUCACAAUGAAUAUUUGUACUUCUGUCUCCUUUCGUCAUGUACGAAUAUGCUGUCUUUCCUUUCUCGGAACGUCUGUGAUCUCUGUGAAGAAACCUGCGUGGAGUCUGUUCGUUCUCAGUGUCAGAGGGGCUUAUGGAGAGAAACUGCGAAUGAUGCAGAACUUUGCCUUGAACUGGCCAAAGGACAAGCAUGGCUUUAAGAUGUACAGUAAUACCUGUAAAGUGUGUUAUUGGCCACUGGGGUAUUAUGGGGGUGGGGACAAAUAUAUAUAUAUAUAUAUAUAUAUAUGUGUGUAUAUGUGUAUAUAUUUAUAUGUAUGU